GCAUUUCAGCAGUUUGCAAAGGGAAGUGAUAUGAAGGGACAGCUGCAAGUCAGCCACAACCUAGAUAGGAGGAGGUGAAGCAUUUACUUCACUUGGAAGAAAGAGAGAAGGAAGGAAGCCGAGGGCUUAGCAGGUCCCAGGUAUCAGUGGACAGCCAUGGCUCCAAGAUCCCGGCAACGAAGGCACAAGAAACCCCCUUCAUCGGUGACUCCCAUGGUUGUGACCCCACCCACAGUUGUGACCUCUGUGCCUCUGACCCUCUCAAAACCUGACCCUAGCAUUGAUGCACUUGGCUUCUUCUCCUUGGAGAAUAAUGUUCCUGGCCUAUCCCAGCUAAUCCUUCAAAAGCUAAACAUGAAAAGCUAUGAAGAAUACAAGUUGGUGCUAGAUGGGGGUGCUUCUGUAUCAGGCUUUGGAUUUCGAUGCCUUCGAGAAAUGUUCCAGAAGAUGGAGGACACAUUCCAAUUCUGUGCUCACUGUAGAGCUCUUCCUAGUGGCCUUUCAGACUCCAAGGUCCUGCGGCAGUGCAAGAGGUGCAGAAAUGUCUAUUACUGUGGUCCAGAGUGCCAGAAGUCAGACUGGCCAGAGCACAGGAAGGUUUGUCAAGAGCUGCGUCUGGUAGCUGUGGACCGUCUCAUGGAAUGGCUUCUAGUCACAGGUGCUUUUGUCCUACCUUCAGGACCUUGGCCAUGUGUGGCUGAAGUUGUACAGGGCUGGGAUACCUGGUUUUCUAUGCGGCAUUUACAGCUAGAAGCUACACUGGAUGCUGUACUAGGUAGUCAUGCCAUGAACACCCUGUGGGCCAACGUAGGACGGCCAAGGCCAGACCCAGAUGUCCUGCAGGGCUCUUUGAAGCGGCUGCUGACAGAUGCCCUAUCACGGCCCUUGACACUGGGCCUUGGGCUUCGGGCCUUGGGGAUAGAUAUUGGGAAGACUGGGGGAAGCACAGUGCAUGUGGUUGGUGCUUCCCAUGUGGAGACAUUCCUCACACGCCCUGGGGACUAUGAUGAGCUUGGCUACAUGUUUCCUGGACACCUAGGCCUCCGUGUGAUCAUGGUGGGUAUAGACGUAUCUGCUGACUUUACACAGAGCACCUCAACUUCCCCCCUGGAACCUGGCACAGUUCAACUUAGUGGCUAUAGGGGCCUCUAUCAUGACUUCUGGGAGGAACAGGUAGAGACUGGACAGAUAGCCCAUCCAGAUUUGGUGGUGGCAUUCCAUCCAGGUUUCCAUGCUUCCCCAGAUUUGAUGGAGGCUUGGCUGCCCACCCUCCUGCUACUUCGUGAUUAUGAGAUCCCUACAUUGAUCACUGUUUACAGAAUGUCAUACCCAGGCUAUCCUCCAACAGGCUACCCACCUUUCCCUGGAUAUCCUCCUGCAGGUCAGGAGUCCUCUUUUCCCCCUCCUGGUCAGUAUCCUUAUCCUAGUGGCUUUCCUCCAGUGGGAGGAGGUGCCUACCCCCCAGCCCCAAGUAGUGGCUACCCUGGAGCUGGAGGCUACCCAGCCCCUGGAGGUUAUCCAGCCCCCGGAGGUUAUCCUGGUGCCCCACCACCAGGGGGAGCUCCAUCCUAUCCAGGAGUUCCUCCAGGUCAAGGGUUUGGCGCCCCACCAGGUGGAGCAGGCUUUUCUGGCUAUCCACAGCCACCCUCACAGUCUUAUGGUGGCAGCCCAGCACAGGUCCCACUACCUGGUGGCUUUCCUGGAGGACAGAUGCCUUCUCAGUAUCCUGGAGGACAAGCUCCUUACCCAAGUCAGAUCAAUACAGAAUCCUUUCCUUCCUAUCCUGUUUUCUCUCCUGUUUCUUUGGAUUAUAACAGUGAACCUGCUGCGAUGACUCAGGGAACUCAAGGAACAGUCCGACCAGCUGCCAACUUUGAUGCCAUGAGAGAUGCAGAAAUUCUUCGUAAAGCAAUGAAAGGUUUUGGGACAGAUGAGCAAGCAAUUGUGGACGUUGUGGCCAACCGUUCCAAUGAUCAGAGGCAAAAAAUUAAAGCAGCUUUUAAGACCAUGUAUGGCAAGGAUUUAAUCAAAGACCUUAAAUCAGAGUUAAGUGGAAAUAUGGAAGAACUGAUCCUUGCCCUAUUCAUGCCACCUACAUAUUAUGAUGCCUGGAGUUUACGGAAUGCAAUGAAGGGAGCAGGAACUCAGGAACGUGUAUUGAUUGAAAUUUUGUGCACGAGAACAAAUCAGGAAAUCCGAGAAAUUGUCAGAUGUUAUCAGUCAGAAUUCGGACAAGACCUUGAAAAGGAUAUUAGGUCAGAUACAUCUGGGCAUUUUGAACGUUUACUGGUAUCCAUGUGCCAGGGAAACCGUGAUGAGAACCAGAAUGUUAACCACCAGUUGGCUCAGGAAGAUGCUCAGCGUCUCUAUCAAGCUGGUGAGGGAAGACUAGGAACAGAUGAAUCCUGCUUUAACAUGAUUCUCGCCACAAGAAGCUUUCCUCAACUGAAAGCUACUGUGGAGGCUUAUUCCAGGGUGGCUAAUCGAGAUUUGCUAAGUAGUGUUGCCCGUGAAUUUUCUGGAAAUGUUGAAAGAGGUUUAAAGACCAUCUUGCAGUGUGCCCUGAACCGCCCUGCCUUCUUUGCUGAGAGGCUCUACUAUUCUAUGAAAGGUGCCGGCACAGAUGACUCCACCCUGGUCAGGAUUGUGGUCACUCGAAGUGAGAUUGAUCUUGUACAAAUAAAACAGACCUUCAGUCAGAUGUAUCAGAAGACCCUGGGCACAAUGAUUGCGAGUGACACAAGUGGAGAUUACCGAAAGCUUCUUCUGGCCAUUGUGGGCCAAUAGGAGGGAUUUUUUUUUUUUUUUUAAAUAAAUGAAGUAUAUCCUUCAGUGAUUGACCUGCAUGCAGCAGUAUCAACCAUCACCUAAACAAAAGAGCUUUUUACUAAGGACCGUGUCAGGGUAUUGUGCUUGGUUUGCACAUGUGGUUACUGCCUUAAUUCCAAUGUUAUUUUUUUCUCUGUAUACAAUCAAUUUGAAGCCAUAUCACAAUGAUGUAGUACUAAUGCAAUGGUUGUAAGGCAUAAUUUGCACUGUUCUUAUCCUAAUCAGGAUCCCAAAUUGAAUAAAAAAAUCACAGCAGUUUCCAAGUCUGCAUAAUAAAGCUGAAUAAAAGAAAAAGUUGCAAAACUCUGCCUUCCAAAGCACAUGUAGUCCAUUGGACAACUAUAGUUGGUAGUAUGUCAAAACUGUAUUACUUUUUUAAAGAUUCAGCUCUUUGGACCUAGAAGAGUAAUUUGCAUCUUAUUUUACAUAAAUUGGUAUUCUAUAUUUAUAAGCAUUAAACUUUUCAUGUAGGAAAAGAUGAGUAUUGCCUGUAGCAACUUUUUAAAAAGGGAUUAUAUGUUUAUAUGCGUAAAAUAUAUAGCCUACCUUUAGGUCUACUAAAACUCCCUGAAUAUCUUCAUUGUUCCAUGGUUUUGAAAAAAAAAUUAUGAAAGACUUUAAAAAUUAGUAACAAUUUAGUCAUGAUUCAAGAAAGUGAAGCUUGACAAAUAGGAGGUGCUCAGUUAGUAAAUGAAGCUUAUAGUAUCUCUGGGAAAAUUGGAUCCUAGCUCCUUGGAGUAGUUCAGGAGCUCACUCAGUGGUGUAGCAGGAUGAUUACAAAACCCAUUGGUUUAUCCCCACUACUAUGCAAUUACUUAUUGAGUAUACUGAGCAUUAUAAUAGGUAGUCAGGAGAAAUACCAAGAAAGAAGAUUUGUAAUAUAUUGGGGAUUCUAAACAAAUAUUAAGAUAGAAAAAACCCUAUAAAUGUUAGGUAAAUUCUGUUGAGGAUGAGAACCCUAUUAGUUCUAUGUGUGAAGCUCCCCAGCACAAAGCAGACAUUUAAUACAGAAUUGGUGAGUGUAGUAAGAAUUGAGAAGAACAGUAAAUAUCAAUUGUAGUUCAAGGAAUAUUGUUUUUGUGUAAAUACCAAGGGGCAUAUAAGGUGGUAUAAGAUACAACCUUAUUCUAAGGGAGAUAGACCUCUCUCUGUACAGUUGUGGUGAAGGCAAGAUACCCGGGUAGAAGGACAAUGAGUUAAGACGGAUGUUAAUUACUUUGAAAUAGUUUCAUUGAAAAAGUUCAGUUUUGAUGUAGAUGUUGAAAAAGUAACAGUGAUGGAAUUUGGUAAAUACGAGAAGGGGUGUAAGGUAUUGAGGAAAGAAAAGAUAGGAGCAGUAUAUUUUUAAACUUUCUGAAAAUUGAGAUAUAAUUCAUAUACCAUUCACCAUUUUAAAGUGUACACUUCAGUGGUUUUUAGCGUAUUCACAAAUUUGUGCAGUCAUCACCAUAAUCAAUUUUGAACAUUUUCAUCAUCCAAAAAGAAACUUUAGACCUACCAGUAGUCACUCCUCAUUCCUUCUCCUCCUGUCCAGCCCCUGGCAAUCACCAGUUCACUUUGUUUCUAUGGAUUUGCCUAUUUUGGGCUUUUCAUAUGAAUGGAAUCAUUCAGUAUGUGGCCCUUUGUGUCUGGCUUCUUUCAGUUAGCAUACUGUUUUUAAGGUUCAUCUGCUUGUAGUGUGGGUAAGUACUUCAUUCUGUUUCAUGGCUGAAUAAUCCACUGUAAGGACAUUUUUUUUUUUUUUUUUGGUCCAUGCAUCAAUUGAUGGACAUUUGGGUUGUUUUCACCUUUUGAGUCUUAUGAAUAAUGCAGCUGUGAACAUUUAUGUACAAGUUUUUGUGUGGACAUGUGUUUUCAGUUCUCUUGGCUUUAGAACUAGGAGUGGAAUUGCUGGAUCACAUAGUACCUUUAUGUUUAACUUUUUGGAGAUCUGCCAAAAUGUUUUCCAAGACAGCUGCACCGUUUUACAGUCCUACCAGCAGUGAACCCACCUUCCAGUUUCUCUUCAUCCUAACCCAACACUAUCAUUAUCUGUCUCUUUAAUUAUAGCCAUCCUAGUGGAUGUGAAGUGACCUCCCCUUGUGGCAUUGAUGUGCAUUUCCCUAAUGACUAUUUUCUUGUGCUUAUUGGCUAUAUGGAUUAUCAUCUUUGGAAAAAUGUCUUCUAAUACUUUGUCCAUUUUUUUUUUAAUACUUUGUCCAUUUUAAAAUUGGGUUGUCUCCUUAUUGUUGAGUUGUAAGGGUUAUUUAUAUAUUCUGUAGGGUAGACACUUAUAUGAUUUUGUACUCUAUUUAUGAAAUGGUCAGUUUAGGUGCAGCCACUAGAGGAGACAGAGGAGAGGCUCAGGAAAACUAUUAUAUUCAAACAUCCUGGAGACAAGAGGCACUGCCACACACAGGGCCAUAGGCGAAAGACACCAGGGUGGUCAGAAGACCAAGGGGAAUGUUUAGGCCAUGACCUUUAUUGGGGUUUCUAGAAAGGCAUAGCAGGACAGGGUAAACAGUUAAGUAUUGGCUAGUUUGAGUAAAUUUGUAGCAUUUGGGCUACAUGAGUGGUCUUUUAAUGUCCUCAUACCUGGCCACAGGAUAAUGAAGGCAGAGGAAAAUUGCCUCCUGGGGUGAGGGCCUGAUAUAGAAGGUAUGGCUCUGGAUUGGUUAGUUUGCAUAUCAAAGCCAUGCUCCUUGCUGGAACUUUUGCCAGCUCAAUGAAUGGGUUUAUGAGGGAGGAGGUAGUCUCUUCCUAGUCAGAAGUUUUUUAAGAUAGAAAAACAUAGUACACCAAAAUUUUUAUAUCCACUCAAUAUAGAUUUACAAAUAUUUUUCUCCUGUACUGUGGAUAGCCUUUUUACUCUUUUUCUUUUUUUAACUCUUUUUUUUUUUUUUUAAAGUAAUCUCUACACCCAACAUGGGGUUCAAACUCACAACCCCAAGAUCAAGAGUUGCAUCCUCCACCAACUGAGCCAGCCAGGUGCCCCUUUUUUAUGUUUUUGAUGGUGUCCUUUGAUGCACAAAAGUUUGAAAUUCUGAUGAAGUCCAAUUUUUUCUUCUUUGGUCACUUGUGCUUUCACUGUCCUGUUCAAGAAACCAUUGUCUAAUGAAAGGAUAACAUGAUUUACCCAUAUUGUUGUCUUCUAAUAUUUGUUUUAGCUCUUACAUUUAGGUCUUUGACAUUUUUAGUUCAUUUUUAUAUAUGGUGAGAUGUCCAACUUCUUUCUUUUGAAUUUGGAUAUAUGGUUAUCCAACCAUCAUUUGUUGAAAAGACUAUUCUCUCCCCUGUUGAGUGGUCCAAGCACUCUUGCCAGAAAUCACUGACCAUAAACACAAAGUUUUAUUUGAGUUCUCAAUUCCAUUUGUCUAUACAUUUAUCCUUAUGCAUUGAUUAAGCUGUACUUAAUUACUUGAUAAAGUAGCUUUGUAGUAAGUUAGAAAUUGGGAAGUGUGAGUCCUCCAACUAUGUUCUUUUUCAAUAUUGUUUGCCAUUCUGGCUCUCUUGAAUUUCCAUAUGAAUUUUAGAAUCAGCUUUGUCAAUUUCUGCAAAAAAAAAUCCAUCUGGGAUGCUGAUUGCUUUGACUCUAAAUCAAUUUGAGGGUGAGCAAUACAUUUGAUUGUAUUAUUGGAUGCUAUCAGAAAUAAAUUGACUGGAGAUAACAUAUUAGCUAUUUAGAAAUGAGUCUCUUCGAGUAAUGAGAAAAGAGUUAUUGGGAUAUAAGUCAUUUAGUGGAGGUCUUUGAAACCCAAACUAAAGAGUUAAAUAUUACAGCUUUUUUUGGCCUCCAAACUUGUUUGUAUAUGUAGAUGACUAAAUUCUGAUUCUCAGUACCAUUGUAUUUUCUGUAGUACUGAAGAGCAUCUUUUCCAUGUUUCCUUAGGAAGUUGAGAUUUUAAAUCAGUCAAAAAAAAAAACAACCACAUUUGAAUGCCCUUCCUUGUAAGGACUAAGGAAAUUCAGAGUGGUCACUGUUAAGCAUUCCAGGUGAAUAAAAGAACUAGAACACAAGGGUUUGCCCUCAGGCACUCUACACUAUCAUUAUUUAUUGACAGUGAUUAAUUAUGUUUAAGGAGGUGACACCUAUACUUACCUUUCAUGCCUAGGUAUCAUGAGUGAUCCAGUUCCCUAGUGAAGACUCAAUAAGCCUCACUUAUUACAUAAA